AAUAGGGAAAACUCGACAGGAACUUCCUGCGGAUAACUCCGUCCGAUGCUCAUCGGUAUUUUCCCGUUGAAGUUUGUGUUGUGCAGAGAGAGUCCCUAGACAAGCCUGUAUCGGAGCGGAGAUCACGAUCGAAACCUGCCGUCCUGAACGGGCUAGAAUCGAGGGUACGUACGUACGUCGUGUGCUGCGUAUGCUGUGUGUGUAGAGUCGAUUGAUUCUCGAUCUCUGCAUUGAGAGCACAGCCGAUCUUACUAAGAUUGGAUAUUUGUGGCGGUCGCAAGACGAACUCUUCCUCGGCCUCGUUUCGCAAAAUAACACCUAACGUUACAGAGAGCUUGAUGCACAGAUGAGUUUGGAUAAUUUCUCAAGGUAACAAGGAAGAAGUAACUGAGACUGAGGAUUCGAUUCUGCCGAGUACUAUUCAGACGACACUGUGCAUUGCAUUGCAUUAUUGCCAUUGGUGCAUUGACACUUUCGACAGCCAUAGACUGUCCUAUCUUGUGCCCCAGUGUGGAAGCCGGAAGGCAAAUAACAAACUGACAAAAUGUCCAAGAAUAAGAUGCAUGGGAAGAACAAAAAUUUAUUGAACUUGACAAUAAUGCCAGUACCAGCUGAAUCAAAUGGCGGUGCGGGCCAGAAACCACAGUCACAAUCCGCAACGUCUGCUGCAACAACAGAGAGAAACACCUCAGGAAUCAAAGUUGAUGCUCUGGCAAAGAAACUGAAAAAUCUUGAUCUUAAUGGACCCCAAAGGAAACGUCUUGAGGAAUUCCUCACAAAUAAAAAAAAGGUUAUGGAAAUUGGAGAAUUAACCAAUGACCAAUUUGAUGUGCUUAAGGAACUCGGAGCAGGAAAUGGUGGUGUGGUGACGAAAGUGAAACAUAAGGCUAGCAGCAUGAUUAUGGCAAGAAAGCUCAUUAAACUUGAAAUCAAACCAGCAAUUAGGAAUCAGAUCAUCAGAGAACUUAAAGUGCUUCAUGAGUGCAAUUCACCAUACAUUGUGGGUUUCUUCGGAGCAUAUUACAGUGAUGGAGAGAUCUGUAUCUGUAUGGAAAACAUGGAUGGCGGCUCAUUAGAUCAAGUUAUGAAGUCAGCACCACAUGGGAGAAUACCAGAAAAUAUCCUUGGCAAGGUCACAGUUGCAGUGUUAAAAGGGCUUAGUUAUUUAAGAGAUGUUCACGACAUUAUGCACAGAGAUGUGAAACCAUCAAAUAUCCUGGUCAAUUCACGGGGUGAGAUCAAACUGUGUGAUUUUGGCGUAAGCGGUCAGCUCAUCGAUUCAAUGGCAAAUUCAUUUGUUGGAACGAGGUCAUAUAUGUCGCCUGAGAGACUACAAGGCACACAUUACACGGUACAAUCCGACAUCUGGAGUCUGGGUCUAUCAUUAGUCGAGAUGGCCAUCGGACGUUACCCCAUCCCACCCCCCGACGAGUCGGCACUGGCCAACCUCUUUGGUUAUGAACUGCAGGCGGGAGAGGCCAAGACUGUUCGGAAAACAAGUCAGUCGGGUUCCCGGGGUACUCCAAGACCGAUCAGUGGAGUUGGAGGUGUAUUUUCAGAUUCCCCGAGACCCAUGGCUAUCUUUGAAUUACUCAAUUAUAUCGUAGAAGAGCAUCCACCCAGGUUACCAUCCAAGGCCUUCUCAGAAGAAUUUGUAGAGUUUGUUGACAUAUGUUUGAUCAAGAAUCCAAACGAUAGAGCAGAUCUGAAGAGACUUAGGAAUCACUUGUUUGCAACACAAUCAGAGGAAGCAAGAGUGGACUUUGCAGGUUGGAUCUGCGCCACUAUGGGUCUCAGUCCUCCCCCUAACGACACAGCCACGCCCCUACAGACAGCCGUUUAGAGAAAAACCACCCCGUCAUCGUCUGAAAUGAAGAAUAAGAAAUGAAACUGCGCUCCCAUUUUGUAUGUCAAUGUUCCAAAGAAACGGUAUAUACUGUGCUCCUAUGCUUGUGUGGAGAGAAAAGCUGCUUGUCUGAGGUUUUGAAAGUGUGAUUGUUGCGAGGAAAAAGAAGAUGGCAUAAAAGGACUAGAUUAGCAUUUAUAUUUUUCUUUAUUUGUACAAGUAUGUGUACAUGUACAUUUCCUCUGUUGCCAUGUCCAGUUUUCCCC